UUCAUCAUUUUCCAUGUAAAAUAGGUCUGUUUUCUGCCAGUCGUGAAACACAUGACAGUGCAGAAAGGGUAGUUGUGCAGAUCUUGGUGAAUCGCCUUUAAUGUUAGCCUUCAUAAAUGUUCUUAGGUUUUAAAAAUCCUACAGUGGUAAGUGUUUUGUACUGGAGAGCAUGUGGGACUAACAUGAGUCUUGCAUUCUUGUGUCGAUUAAAACCAGUGUGGGACCACAGGGGAAAAAGAGAGGGGGAACCUGUAGAAACCCUCAGCUUCUGUUCUGAAAAACACUUUAAUCUCCGCGAACGGUGAACGGCGAGAGCGGGCGACACGUGAGCUGUGAACUCUGCUAGUGAAGCAGAUGAGAGAGGGAGAUAUAACAAGUGGAGAGGGAGGGAGAGAAGGAGAAAGGGAGGGAGAGUGUGAAUGAGGGUGGGGAGAGAGCGUGAGAAUGAGAGCUCAGUUCCAGGGUGACUCGCUUUGCCUUUGCCCGCUCAGUUUGAAGACAUCAGGAGACUAAGACCAGGAGAGGAACCUUGCAGGCGGGGCUGUGCCGACCGCAGUUUUUUUCUGUCUCUCUCCUUCUGUUUUGUUCCUUCUACGGGUGAAGCCUCCUACAUUAACUGAAGCAGCAGGACCACAUGCAACAGGGUAUAGAAGCCAAACUCCUUCCAUUUCUUUCACUUCUCUGUUCAAGAAAAGAGCAGGAAAGAGAUGCCCUGACACUCGGGAAGAGUUUUAGAAGGAAACGAAACAUCACAGUGUAGGGUUCCUUGUUUCCGUGGCUUUCAGUCUACAUUUGUUAAGGAAACCUUCAAAGUUAUGACCAAAAGAAAGUGGGAGGGGAGGAGAGAAGGCUUCAAAGUCAGCUCCACAAGGGAGGAGGCACAGGGGCCCGGGCGCCCCUCCACCAGAGGGCGCUUCUCCGAAUCGUGGAAGAGACUGAGCUCCAGACAAGGGUCUACCAAGAGGUCAGGACUGGCCUCACAGCAAGUAGCGGCACAGAAAUCAUGGAUAGAAAGAGCUUUCAGCAAGAGAGAAUGUGUGCACAUUAUUGUAAGCACCAAAGACCCCCAUAGGUGCUGUUGUGGCCGUCUAAUUGGUCAACAUAUUGGCCUGCCCCCCAGCAUUUCAUCCAAUCAGAAUGAGAAGUCAGAGCGUGUGCCAAAGAAUGACAGCUUGUCAGAGAAGUGGUCCAUCAGCAAGCACACCCAGCUCAGUCCCACUGACGCCUUUGGAACCAUUGAGUUCCAGGGAGGUGGACACUCCAACAAAGCAAUGUAUGUACGAGUGUCUUACGACACUAAGCCAGACUUACUGCUGCAUCUAAUGACAAAAGAGUGGCAACUGGAGCUUCCCAAACUGCUCAUCUCUGUUCAUGGAGGACUUCAGAACUUCGAGCUGCAGCCCAAACUCAAGCAAGUCUUCGGCAAGGGUCUCAUCAAGGCGGCCAUGACCACUGGAGCCUGGAUCUUCACUGGAGGAGUUAAUACUGGAGUCAUAAGGCAUGUUGGUGAUGCUCUAAAAGACCACGCUUCCAAAUCGAGAGGGAAGAUCUGUACUAUUGGCAUUGCCCCCUGGGGGAUUGUGGAGAACCAGGAAGACCUGGUGGGCAAAGAUGUGGUCCGGCCAUACCAGACGAUGUCUAACCCUCUUAGUAAGCUAACGGUACUCAACAGCCUACAUUCCCACUUCAUUUUGGCUGAUAAUGGCACCACCGGAAAGUAUGGAGCAGAAGUCAAAUUGCGCAGACAGCUAGAGAAGCACAUCUCUCUGCAAAAGAUCAACACACGGAUUGGACAGGGUGUUCCAGUGGUGGCUCUGAUAGUGGAGGGGGGUCCUAAUGUGAUCUCUAUUGUGCUUGAGUACCUGAGAGACACUCCUCCUGUGCCCGUGGUGGUGUGUGACGGCAGCGGUCGUGCCUCUGACAUCCUGGCCUUUGGGCAUAAGUACUCAGAGGAGGGCGGAAUCAUAAACGAAUCUUUGAGAGACCAGUUACUAGUCACCAUUCAGAAGACCUUUACAUACAGCCGGACGCAGGCCCAGCAUCUCUUCAUCAUUCUGAUGGAGUGCAUGAAGAAGAAAGAACUGAUAACAGUGUUUCGGAUGGGAUCAGAGGGACACCAGGACAUUGAUCUGGCCAUUCUAACAGCACUUCUGAAAGGGGCCAAUGCAUCAGCUCCAGAUCAACUGAGCCUGGCUUUGGCCUGGAACAGAGUUGACAUCGCUCGAAGCCAGAUCUUUAUUUAUGGACAGCAGUGGCCUGUGGGCUCUCUAGAGCAGUCUAUGCUGGAUGCACUGGUGCUGGACAGAGUGGACUUUGUGAAGCUGUUGAUUGAGAAUGGAGUGAGCAUGCACCGCUUCCUGACGCUGUCCAGACUUGAAGAGCUCUAUAAUACGAGGCAUGGUCCAUCCAACACCUUGUUCCACCUUGUCAGAGAUGUGAAAAAGGGUAAUCUGCCCCCUGACUACCGCAUCAGCCUGAUUGACAUCGGAUUGGUAAUGGAAUACCUCAUGGGCGGAGCCUAUCGCUGCAAUUACACCAGGAAGAGAUUUCGCACCCUCUAUCACAACCUUUUUGGACCCAAAAGACCAAAAGCCCUGAAGCUGCUUGGAAUGGAGGAUGACAUGCCCAUUAGGCGAGGACGUCAGAAGACCACAAAGAAGCGAGAGGAGGAAGUAGACAUUGACCUGGAUGACCCAGAAAUCAAUCACUUCCCUUUCCCUUUCCAUGAGCUGAUGGUUUGGGCAGUGCUGAUGAAGCGGCAGAAGAUGGCCCUGUUUUUCUGGCAGCAUGGCGAGGAGGCCAUGGCUAAAGCGCUGGUGGCUUGUAAACUUUGUAAAGCAAUGGCCCACGAAGCGUCAGAGAACGACAUGGUAGAUGACAUUUCACAGGAGCUCAAUCAAAACUCAAGGGAGUUUGGUCAGCUGGCUGUUGAGCUGCUCGAUCAGUCGUAUAAGCAGGAUGAACAGAUGGCCAUGAAGCUGUUAACCUACGAGCUGAAGAACUGGAGUAAUGCCACCUGUCUGCAGCUGGCAGUGGCUGCCAAGCACAGGGACUUCAUCGCCCACACCUGUAGCCAGAUGCUUCUCACCGACAUGUGGAUGGGACGUCUGCGUAUGCGCAAGAACUCUGGCCUAAAGGUCAUCUUAGGCCUUCUUCUGCCCCCCUCCAUAUUGAGUCUUGAGUUUAAAAAUAAGGACGAGAUGUCAUAUAUGCCUCAGGAUCAGGACACCUACCUGCAGGAGAAGGAUGUGGAUGAACCUGAGAAACAAGCUAAGGAGAAAGAGGAGGAGGACAUGGAGUUCACAGUAAGAUCUUACUGUGAGACGCAGUACAACUCCGUGGCUAUGCUGGGAAAUGUCAGUUCAGAAGCAUCGCGUAAGAAACGGGUGGAAGAGGUUCAGAACCGUCAUCGGCUGAUUCCAGUGGGUCGCAAAAUUUACGAGUUUUACAACGCCCCUAUCGUCAAGUUCUGGUUUCACACGUUGGCUUAUGUAGCAUACUUGAUGCUCUUCAACUAUAUUGUUCUGGUGAAGAUGGACCUGUGGCCCUCUCCUCAGGAGUGGAUUGUUAUUGCCUACAUUUUCACCAAUGGUAUCGAGAAGAUGAGAGAGAUCCUCAUGUCAGAGCCGGGGAAGCUCAUGCAGAAGGUGAAAGUGUGGUUGCAGGAGUACUGGAACGUCACUGACCUCAUGGCCAUCCUCAUCUUCUCCAUCGGGAUGGUGCUUCGCCUGCAAGACCCGCCCCUGAUGAGCUACGGGAGGGUCAUUUACUGUGUCAAUAUCAUUUAUUGGUACAUAAGACUGCUUGACAUCUUUGGAGUGAAUAAAUACCUGGGUCCAUACGUCAUGAUGAUCGGCAAGAUGAUGAUUGACAUGAUGUAUUUUGUGAUCAUCAUGUUGGUGGUGCUGAUGAGUUUCGGAGUGGCGCGGCAGGCUAUCCUCAAUCCCAAUGAGGACCCGUCCUGGAUGCUGGCACGCAACAUCUUCUUCAUGCCAUACUGGAUGAUCUACGGAGAGGUGUUUGCUGACCAAAUCGACCAUGUGAAUAGUAGGAAGCUACAGCACAAAGUGAAUGACAAACUCUGGCUGGUCGAAAAUUACAUUCGCACUCAAGGAACUGGGCGUAGCAGUGGUCCAUCCCAUAUAGCUCCAUGUGGCCAGAACAUCACCACAGAGGAAGGAGUCAUCGUGUCUCUCCCACCCUGCAAAACUGGAGCUUGGAUUAUUCCCGCCAUCAUGGCCUGCUACUUGCUGGUGGCCAACAUCCUUCUGGUUAAUUUGCUCAUUGCUGUCUUUAAUAACACAUUCUUUGAAGUGAAGUCCAUCUCCAACCAGGUGUGGAAGUUCCAGAGGUACCAGCUGAUCAUGACCUUCCAUGAACGUCCUGUCCUUCCUCCUCCUCUCAUCAUUUUCAGCCACAUAACUAUGGUCCUCAAACACCUUUGCUGUCGCUGGAGGAAACAUGAUGAGGAUGAGCGGGACUAUGGGCUGAAGCUCUUCAUUACUGAAGAUGAACUGAAGAAGGUACAUGACUUUGAAGAGCAGUGCAUGGAGGAGUAUUUCAGAGAGAAGGAUGACCGCUUCAAUUCCUCCAAUGAUGAGAGGAUACGUGUGACAUCUGAAAGGGUGGAGAACAUGGCGAUGCGUCUGGAGGAAGUGAACGAGAGGGAACAUUUCAUGAAAGCGUCCCUGCAGACUGUAGAUAUCCGGCUCGCCCAGAUGGAGGAGAUGAUCGGCCGUAUUGCUGUGGCACUGGAGCGAGUUGCUGGUAUGGAUCGAGGCGAAGUCAACAAAGCCCGGUCCAGAACAUCAUCUGACUGCACAGAUACAAAUUACAUCCUGCGCCAGAGCAGUUUCAACAGCCAAGAAGGCAAUUCCUACAGGCUACAAGAGUCUCUGGAGCAGGGUGGUGAGGAAUCCAUUUCCCCUACAUCUCCGACCGCUCUGGCCCCACGUGUCCGCAGUCACUCUUUCUACGUAAGCCACUCCUCCAAGGAUAGGAGCGGAGCAGAUCGAGGAGAAGGCUUCUUUAAAGAUAGACUGUUCAGCCUCCAUCGGGCCAACAGCUCACAGUCUGUGUCCUCAGGAGCAGGUCCCAAAGAGUCCAAACCCACACCUUUGAAUACUUUAUCUGUGCAGCAGCAGCUUCGCCCUUCUUCCUGCAUAGAUAUCUAUGUUUCUGCCUCUGAGGACGUCCAGCCCACUGAGAGCUUCUUGGAGCCGGUCCGGACAGUUCCAUCUCUCGCUCGAGACUCAUCUCUCCAUUCUGAGAUCAUGGAGGUGGUGCUCUCAGGGGGGCGGGACUGCAGCGGAAGGGCAGGUGGCAGCGAAAGACAGUCGGAUGGUACGGUCCUGUUUGAGGACAGUGCCGCCGCUGACCUAUCACUCUGCUCUGCCCACCUGCUGCCGGAUACCUUGCCCCCCUGGGACCUGGACCCCUCGCCACCACCAUCGGCUGGCAUUCUUGAGAGGUCCAAGAGCAGCCGCUUCCUGUCUGCAACAGGGCCUCUGUUUCUAGACGAGCCGCCAUUGGUUAAGUCGCACAGCCUGAUGUUCACGUCACGUGGCUACUAUGGCGGUAUGGGCGUGCAGGUGAAGGCGGCCGAAUAUACCAGCAUAACAGAUUGCAUCGACACCCGUUGCGUCUCUACCCCUUACCCUGUCCCAGAGAGGUCUGACUCCCCUGGUGGCUCUUUCACAUUCGAUAAGCCCCAGGAUCUGGGUGUCUCACACCCCGAGAGAGACGCCGAGCUCAGUCACACAGAAUCUGAUCUGGAGGAAACCGCAGAGGGGUCAGCAGACACAGGUAAGGGGGGUCAAAGCAGCAGUGGUGGAACAGGCGCAGACCUGGGCUUGGGCCUCGCGCUGGGCCCAUUUUGUUCGCCGAUCUCUAGACUAGAGCGAGCAAACAGCUGCUCCUCUUCAGAGGAGUCCCACUCCAACAUCUACUCCCAAAAGAGCUUCUCCAUUAGUGAGAGAAUGGACAAGGGUCGUGGAAGCUCAAGGAAUCCUUUCCAGAAGGCCAGAGCCGGGGCAAGGCUGGAGGGUAAGACAGACUCGCUGUCUAUGAGGAAACUGGCCAAACCCUCGGCGUUCCAAAGUUUUGACAGCAGACACAAUUACACGUGAUGAUGGCAUACCAGUAGUGAUGCCACUGUAGAUCUAGUUCCUGUAGGAUGGCUCUACCUCGUUUAAAAUCCAAGGGCCAGUCCGUUAAUUAGUACUGUCUGAGUGAGUAAUUAGCUGUACACUGGAAUGUUUUAUUAUGGGUGUCAACUUUUCUGUUAUAACACUGCAAUGCAAAGUGUUCUUUAGAAUUCCUAGACCACUGCCCUUAGGCCAACAAUAGUUCCCAGCUGAGAUGAAAACCUUAAGAUGAAGGGCCCGUUAACACUAAGAUGAAUGUUCAGUAUGAAAAAAAAAAAAAAUAAUAAUUUAAGUGAAUGGCUGUUAAUGCAGAAUUUUAUUUUUGGAGAGGUUUCCAAUAUCUUUUUCAUUGCACAGCAAAAAAUUAAUAAAUUAAUAAAAAACUGGCCAACCAAUAAGCUUUUUGGACACAUGCCCACAGCCACUGCUGUUACAUAAACUACAACUUAAAGGGGCGGUCACAAUACACUUUUCAUUCCACUGACUUCCAUUCAAACGCAAGCGAAUGAACACGCAAAAAAAUUGCUGCCUUUCAAAGUUCAAGUUUGGUUAACUCUGAUAUGCAACCAAUAGAAGAUCGGAACAUAAUGACAUGACCUUGUAGCUGAAUUAAAAGAACAGAUUUUAAGUGUUGAAUUUAAGAUUUUUAAAAGACACUUCAGAGUGUAACAUCAUAUCACGACAGUUGUAGUGUCUGAAGAAAUUUUAUAUGCUCAAAGUGAGACCUCGGAUUUAGUGGCGCUCAGCAACAGACUAUUUUGCAGAUCAUUCCUCUGAUAUUUACUGUUGCGUUGGAACCAGCUUUUGGCUAUACUCCUGUAUUUGGUGUUGUUUGAUAAACACCAUAGCAAAUUAAAAAAAAAAAUUAAUGGCUGUUUGAAAACAUGUAAAUAUAAAUACGAAAAUUUAACUCUGUGUGACAGGUGAGCUUCAGAAAUGAGAAGUAUUCAUUAAAAAAGCAUUUUAUGUACCAGCGUAACAUUUCUCCUUGUGUAUAAGCACCACCUACUGUCAGGGAGUGAUUUUGUAUUUUCAUUCAGCCUGUCUGCCAUUUUUUGCAUUGGUCUGAAAAGACAAAUUUCACUUGGAACAGAAUUUUUGUGCUGAACAUUUGUGUUGGUGUGAACAGGCCUAAACACAAACUUGCAAUGCAACUUACUGUUUUAGCUUAGAUGAGUCACCCUCGACACAGCAUGAAUCAUGCACUCUCUUCGAGACGUAUCUCCUUCAAACAUUUGAAGCGUAAAUGAAAACAGGACUUUGACAGUUACAAAAAUGUAAUGCUCAAGUUUGUUGUGUAUACAAAGAUUUGUUCUGUCAAGCCACACAGUAGAUAAGUUGAACAUACACAUCUCUUCCCUAAGAUGUUGAAUGUAGAGUAUAAUUGGUUUUGACAAGAUUAACCUUUUGGAGCCUUGAAAUACUUCUUGGCCCAUGUGGGUGUAUACAUCUACACUCAAAAAGCUUCAUAAUCAUACGGCAGACAGUAACGUUAUAUGAGGUGUCUGAAUACAGCAUAAGUUUGUGCACAAUUUCCACUCUCACUAUUAAACAAAUAACUUUUAAACUUUUUUUAAACUUAUUUUAAAGCAUUAAAUGAUUAUGUUUUGUCUUUUGUAGUUUGUAUUGUUCCAAAUAUAUCACAGCAGGGCACCCAUUUGAGUGUAUCUAAAUAAAAGUAACCAGCUGAACCCUACACUAACAGCAUGUUUGGUAUGGAAUGCUAGUUUACUGCUAACUGCGCUGUAUAAACUGUAUACUGCAUACUAUUUAAUAAUAGUAUGUGGAAGAAGUAAACAGUAUAUGAAGAUAAAUGUUUCAAACAGUAGUAUGCUGCAUUGUUGUCACAUAACAUGUCUGUAUCGCAAGUUCCAUUUGGAAAUACCUGUUUAACUCAAUUUUAAGUCAAAAUGUUCAACUCCAAUUGAACAGUCAAGCACAUUGAAUUGUUGUCUACAGUAUUACGCAGUGUGUUCAGGUUGUAUCCUGCAGGUAGCAGGUCAUUUAAGUAUUCCCAUUCAUAUGAAAAAGUGCUGCAGUGGCAAAAUAUAUAGUAGUGUGAUAGUAUGCCAUUCCAAACAUACUUUUCAGACUGUUGCAAAUGCAUAGAGAACCUUUCAAAGAUGGAUUUAAAAGCAAAAAGCCUGGUUGUCUUCAUAUAAGUGUAUGUUGUAACAGGUAAUAUAUGUUGACUUGCUAUGCAAGACGCCAACAGAGAGUCAGUCGGUCGGUCAGUAAGAAGUGUUAUGCACUUUAAAGCAGGAGUUCAUUAUGCACACGUCUCAUCGCUAAUCAACCUGAUAGUGCAGUGUUUAAUUUGGAAAGAUAUUAAAAGCACAUCAGCACAGUUGAGACAGGGACCCCUUCAAUGUUCAAUAUGUCUUUCUCUGUUAACAUUAUGGAAGGACAUAAUAAACACUAGUACAUAAUAUUCUCUUCUAUUUUAAGCAAGUUAUAUGCCUUGGCAAUUUUCUUCCUCUUUUAUGGUUAAUCAAGAUAUAUAUUUAUGUUUGGUUUAUUGUUUAUAAUGAAAUUUUUUUUUUUAUCAUAGUGGGCAUUCAGAAGAGUAAGGACAUCUGACUUGUCCAUUUUUAAAAAUUGCAUAUAAAUCAAUCAAUAAUUUUAAUUAAAAUAGAAGAUAUACUACUCGACAAUACACUGUUUUAAAUUGCUGUUUAACUUAAAUCAAAUGAAACGGUGCAGUUUAAAGCAAUACACAAAUGUGCUUUGUAUCUCUGGCAUAAAUCCAGUGUACUAUUCAAUGUAGUCACUUUUUAGUAAAUGAAUUACUCCUGCCAUUCCAUUUCCACCACAUGGAUCACUCAUACGAUGUAUUUUAUUUGCCUUACCGAUGUGCAAUACUGCUAAGAGAUUUGAAAACAUUUAUUACAGUCACAGUGUUCUGAGAUGUAUAAAUGUACACUUGGUGUUAGAGCUUGUACUGUAUGUGAACCAAAAGUAAAACACUAAAAGACAUUAUUUUAUUUUUUUGUGCAGUAAUUUUAAUCACUGUGGUUUUCAAAUAUCCAAUGAUCUUGAUAUCAAUAACAGUAUGACAUUCAUGUUAAUCAGAUUUGCUUAAUUUUGUAUGAUUUUAAACUUGAUUUCCUAUUUGGGCCUGUUGUCCUUCACAGGGAAGGAGAUAACACUUCUAAAAAGUGAUUAUACUGCAAUGAGCCUUAAAUUGGAGGUGAAAUGAACACGUGAACAUUACUUGGCCCCUUAAAACAUGCUGUAUUAUUUUGGAUAAUGUCUUUUAACAAACCCUCUUGUUGGACUGGUUCCAGCAUAAGAAGAUGAAGAGGGCAUUUGAUCUUCUAAGUUACUGAAUGCAAGUUUAUCUCUAUUUUGCUCUCUUGUUAAGAGUUUUUGUUUGGGAUACAAGAGCGAGCAUAUUUAUGACACUUGUUUUUCCACAUGUAAAUGUUCUGUAUAUGAUCUGUAAAUCUUUCUGUGGAUGUAAAAAACAAGUUUAAUAUAAUGAUAGCAUUUUACGAGAACGUUUCUGUGUCUGAUAGAAGACAUUACACUGACAACCUACCCAGUGUGCCAAAAUGACAUGAUAUGACUUAUAACUUCAUGUACAGUAUUUUCUUAAUAUUUUCCUAUACUGUAGCAUAAAAGGUUGUGAAUUGUAUACCCCUUUAGUCAAGUUUCCCCCUCCACUUCUUUUUAAACUUACUGGUGAGCACUUGUCUGCUAACAAGUCCAAGCACAUGUUUUCUGCAAUAAUGCUGUAGUUUGAACGGAAAGGUCUUAGUUUACUAUAGUGUCUUUAAAAUGCAUGUUGUUCUUCCAAAAGAUAAGAGCUGAGAGAUGAGUGAACAGAGAGCGGGAUCCGAGGACUCUUGUCCUACAGUAGAAGGCCAAGUAUUUGGAUGCAAAUACAAAUGUGUAUACUGUAUUCCUCAAUGUGAAUAAGAUGUUUGGCAUGUAUUAACAAAUAAAAGAAUAUAUAUAUAUAAUUCAAAA